CUCCCCCCACCCCACCCCACGUCUCCAGCUCCCCUCGCUUCUCCCCUCCUCGGGCUUUGUGUUCAUUGGUUGGUGGUGUGGGGGUGUUUUUUGUUUUUGGCUUGUUUGAGUUUUUUGUUUUCUUUUUGCCGCUUGGGCACCCCCCCCACUUCUGGGGCCCGGACUGAAAAGCCAGCGGUGACCCUCCCAUUAAACUGUGGAGUACCCUUGGAGUGAAAGAACCCGUCAUUUGUGACCGUUAAAACUGGAUCCUGCAGAGCCCUGGAGUGUGACUCUAGGGCUGACCUCUGAGCUGACCAGAAUGGACACUUAAAGUGACCCAGUAGGCCUUGUCCACCCCUGACCUUUCCGGGUGGAGUUAGAUCUAGGCAACAAGGACUCCUGCAGGGAGGGUGGCCAGCUCAGGUCCCGACGAGGGCUCCAGGCGCUCAGGAGCUGUGCCUUCCACUGCGGUGUCCACGGAAGGCCGUGGCCCGUUGUCAGGCCGCUGGCUCUCCCAGAGUGCCCCUUGCGCUGUUUAUUACGAAAGUUUGGGAAGCGAUGAAGGCUGAGCUCCAUACAGUUUUCCGUCUCAUCCUGUACAUGACUCGAGUCAGGUCUUCCAGAAGUGGCGGGAGCAAACGCCACACGUGUACGUGUGUGAUACUUUUAAGUAAUGAACCACUUUUGUAAGUUAAGGAGGUUUACGUCAAAGUAAAAGCCAUUUUGGAAUUCAGUGAGAUGCAGUCACUUUCGCUACCCUGGAGUUUUUGGCCUUUUGUCUUAUAAAUGUCUUCUUUUUUUUUUUUUCAGGGUGGGGUCCUCAUUACAAAAGCCUGCGUUAAAAAGUUAGGCAGACUUUUGUUUGUCCCGCUACAUUUGUUUUUGGACCCUGAGUCUGGGAAGUGAACCUCACAGGCUCGCUCCUUGCUGGUCGACAGCAUCUCAUUGAGUCAUUUACGCAAAGGUGUAGCGGGGCUGCUUUCCUUACUCUCCGUUUGCCAAGGGACCUGCUGGUCCGCGUGGUACCUGGGUGUGUGUCGUGUAGAGUAUUUCCUGGGGGUGUGAGUUCGGAAGGACAUAUCCGUGCUGCAUUCUCUCAGCUGCACUCUGCUCCCAGUGAACCUCCUUCAACUGCAUGUACAUGUCACUGUUCCUGUGUGUGUCUCUCUGUCACAUAACCCAGCACUUCUCUCCUCAGCCAAGUGGCUAGGGGGCGAGCCUAGCCAAGAUUUUACUCCAAUGGACGCAAGUUUCUUUGAUGAAGAUCUCUCCUGAGAGUUCGGGACUAGCAGAGAGAAGCGAGGAAAUUUCGACCGUUUGGUUCUUACGGAUAGGUAUUUAUGUAUUCGGUUUGUGUGAAUGUAAGCUAUGAUAUUUGACUCUUCAGAAAAAUUUACUUUGCAAAUGGCACUGAGUAGCUGACCAAACCAUAGACGGUGAGGCCUGCCAGUGGCGUGCAUCUGCAUUAUGCUGUUAAGGGUGUUUGCCUUUAAUGACGAGUUUACCAUGUUGUGGAAAGAGCUUAGACUUUGCUAAGUAACUUCAGUUUACAAGUAGGUGAGCUGUGACUAGCCAACUUAAAUAUAAAUCUGAGAAGGGUUCUUAUGUUUGUUUUACUACUUUUAUUUCUUUAUUUUAAUUGGUAAGUAUGUCUAGAAAAGCUCGCACACCACCCAGCCUGGACCGUAACUUCUUUCCGUUGACCAGCAUGUUCCUGUUACAGAUAUGACGGGCGUGGUCACCUGCAUGACCUUUCCGAGUACGAUGCUGAGUAUUCCACCUGGAACAGAGACUACCAGCUCUCUGAAGAGGAGGCACGAGUAGAGGCCCUGUGUGAUGAAGAGAGAGGAAGAAUACAAGCGCCUGAGUGAAGCUCUAGCAGAAGAUGGGAACUAUACCGCUGUGGGGUUCACUUACGGUAGCGACUACUAUGACCCGUCGGAGCCGACCGAGGAGGAGGAGCCCUCUAAGCAGAGAGAGAAAAACGAGGCUGAGCGCACAGAGGAGAAUGAGGAGCCCUUCAUCGCCCCUGCGGGACUGAACGUGCCGCCUGACGUGGAGCUGCCGCCCACGGCCAAGAUGCACGCCAUCAUCGAGCGCACCGCCCGCUUCGUGUGCAGGCAGGGGGCACAGUUCGAGAUCAUGCUGAAAGCCAGGCAGGCCCGGAACUCUCAGUUCGACUUCCUGCGCUUUGACCACUACCUCAACCCCUACUACAAGUUCAUCCAGAAAGCCAUGAAGGAAGGGCGCUACCCGGUGCUGGCAGAGAGCAGAAGCGACGAGAAGCAGAGGUCGGGGGCCGGCUCUGACGAGGACGACGAGGACGACGAGGACGACGACGACAGCGGGAGCUACCUGCACCCGUCUCUCUUCGCUUCCAAGAAGUGUGACCGCCUGGAAGAGCUGAUGAAGCCCUUGAAGGUGGUGGACCCAGAUCAUCCCCUCGCUGUGCUGGUCCGGAAAGCCCAGGCCGACAGUCCUGCCCCCACCCCUGCCUCCGCAGAUGGUGCGUCCGGGCAGCCCUCCCAGGUGGAGUACACCUCUGACUCGACAGUGGCCGCCAUGUACUACAGCUACUAUAUGCUCCCGGAUGGCACCUACUGCCUGGCCCCACCCCCACCGGGCGUUGACGUGGCCACGUACUACAGCACCCUGCCAGCCGCAGUGGCCGUAUCCAGUACUGCCGGAGUGACGGCCACCGCCCCGCCACCUCCUGGUACCACGCCGCCGCCGCCCCCCACCACAGCAGAAACGAGUAGCGGGGUGACCUCCAGCACCAUCACCACAAGUGCUCUGGCUCCUGUGGCCGCCAUCAUCCCCCCGCCCCCUGACAUCCAGCCCGUGAUUGACAAGCUGGCUGAGUACGUGGCCAGGAAUGGCCUCAAGUUUGAGACCAGCGUCCGUGCCAAGAACGAUCAAAGGUUCGAGUUCCUCCAGCCCUGGCACCAGUACAACGCCUACUACGAGUUUAAGAAGCAGUUCUUCCUGCAGAAGGAAGGGGGCGAUGGCGCUCAGGCUACGUCAGCACCGGAAGAGGCUCCUGCAGAAUCUGCUCCUGGAAAGCCCAGUGAUCUGGGGCAGGAAGGUGUGGCUGAGGACCCAGCUGACGCAGGAGGAAGAGGCGGCUCGGGGGGGAAGAAGGAGUCGGCGUCCGGUAAAGCAGCCCCAGACGGGAAGCUGGUGAAAGCAGCUCCAUUUGCUCCGAUCAGCUUUGCGAUCAAGGCCAAAGACAACGAUCUCCUUCCCCUGGAAAAGAACCGUGUGAAGCUAGAUGACGACAGCGAUGACGAUGAAGAAGGCAAAGAGGGACAAGAAAGCGCUAAUGCCGCCGCAAACACGGACCCGGUGGUGGCCCCGCCCUGUGUGGUCGUUGAAGAGAAGCGGCCUCAGCUCACCCAGGAGGAGCUGGAAGCCAAGCAAGCAAAGCAAAAGCUGGAGGACCGGCUCGCAGCUGCCGCCAGGGAGAAGCUGGCCCAGGCGUCCAAGGAGUCCAAGGAGAAGCAGCUGCAGGCGGAGCGGAAGCGGAAAGCUGCGCUGUUCCUACAGACCCUGAGAAGCCCGGCGCCGGAGGCGGAGCUCGGGAGAGUCGGGGAGAGUCCUCUCAACGCAGAGGAAGCCAGCCCUGUGGCCUGCCCUGUGCUGAGUGGGGGCCGGCCUCCGCCGACUUCGGAAGUUAAACCUCCUGAAGGGCCCUCAAGCAAAAGCAGAGACCCCCCCAGAGAAGAAGAGAAAGAGAAGAAGAAGAAGAAGCACAAAAAACGGUCUCGAACAAGGUCACGCUCCCCCAAGUACCACUCGUCGUCCAAGUCCCGGUCUCGGUCCCACUCAAAGGCGAAGCACUCUCUCCCCAGUGCCUACCGGACAGCACGGCGCUCCAGGUCCCGGUCCCCUCGGAGAAGAGCUCACUCUCCCGAGAGACGGAGGGAAGAAAGAAGCGUUCCCACUGCCUACCGGGUGAGCAACAGCCCCGGUGUCAGCAGGAAGCGGACUCGAUCCAGAAGCCCCCACGAGAAGAAGAAGAAGAGGCGCUCACGAUCGCGGACCAAGUCCAAGGCCGAGUCCCGCUCCGCAUCCCCGAGCAAGCAGGCCCCGCGCCGGCACUCGGCACACUCGGCCAGCAUCUCUCCUGUGGAGAGUCGGGGCUCCAGCCAGGAGCGCUCCAGGGGCGUCUCUCAGGAAAAGGAGGCCCAGAUCUCCUCCGCCAUCGUCUCUUCUGUGCAGAGCAAGAUCACUCAGGACCUCAUGGCCAAAGUCAGGGCGAUGCUCGCCGCUUCCAAAAACAUGCAGACCAGUGCCUCCUGAGACGGGGUGGCGGCGCUGUGGGCUUGGGCUCACCGUGCAUGGACCUCACGGAGUGUCGUCCACACGCCCGGUGUCCGUGGACAGUGGUGGUUUUGUACAUUCAUUUUUGACAUUUUCAGUUUAAGAUUUCUGACCAGCAGUCUCUUACCUGUAUAUUUGUAAAUAAUAUCAUGUUUCUGUGAAAAUGUAUUAUCACAUAAAAAGGAAGAAAACACCUUUUCUAGCU